UAUUUUGUAUUUCGACAAACCUAAGUCAACUACAGAUUGGAAUGUUAGGAAUGGCAAUUUGUCAGAUUUGUGUUUGUUUGACUUGGAAACUACAUAAAAACUCUCUUAUUUUGAAUUGCAAAAUCCCCAAAAUAGAAUUUCCAGUUCAUUUCUAUGACCCUGCUGGUACGGAUUUUGCAUACUGUGUACACCCAAAACCUGAAAGUGAUUGCAUGGCAUUCUUCAAAAAUACAAGUAUUUCACAAAAUGUGACAUCAGCAGAAACAAUUCUAACAGUGAAAGGGAGAAUUUACCCUCGUGUAAAUGGAAUCUGGACAUGUACGCAUGGUAGCGGCGAAAAAGGAAGUGCUGAAAUUACAGUUCCUGAUUUAUCAGUAACUGAAACGGACAUUGAGAAAAAAAUUGAUAUAAAAUGGUGUUGGGCAGUUGCAGUUUGUUGGACUUUUCUAGGAUGUCUUAUCUCUUACGUUUUUCGUAACUUGUUCCUAAAAGUAUUGGUACCUUUACUUCGGAAGUGUGCAGGAGAGUCUUGUUUGGCAAAUUUAGGAAGAACCUUGUCAAAGAGCAUUACCACCAUGAUAGAACGAAUUACGAAUGUUUGUCCCGUUCUAUCAAAGGAACCAGAAAAUAGAGUCAAAGUUUUCAGAAGAUUGAUUUUGAUUCUGCUGUUAUCAUUGAUGGUUUCUAUACCAUUAGUUGCUGGUCUUGUUAAAGAAGGCAAAUGUACAGGACAUUUAAGUUUCUUACCAUUUGGUGCAGUAUUUGGCUUGAUCAUCUCAAUAUUUUGCAUUGAAAACAAAGUACAAUGCAAGGAAAAAAAUAUUCUUCAAACAGAAUUGGAAGAUUUCACUAUUUGCGGAAACGAGGAAGUCAAUGAAACAAUUUUACUGGGGAAAAACAUUUAGAGUACAUUCCGUUAUAUAACAUGCCAGCUAAGAAACAGAUUAAAGAUUUUAUUUCAUUUACAAAGACAGGGCGUUACAAGGAGUGUAGAAGAGGCGUGCAACAACUAUUUUCAAAGAGAGUUUUAAAGGAAGAGGGAAUUUGGUAGUUGUGUAAUGUCUUCAGUUAACGAAUAUUAAAGAAAUGUUCAAACGGACACAAGUUAUACAGAAAUACAGAUAUAUUACCUUAUUAAGGACUGUUUGAUAACAUUUAAGAUGCAUUUUAUGUAAAAUGAAAAAAAAAAGUGAAAAGUUGUGUGUCAGAAUGAUUGAGUGUAACCUUAGAUGCUGUAUUUUCGUAUUAAUCAUAAAAAUUCUAUUGCU